GGCCAGGUUGGGCUUUUAUCCUGUCCUUGUCCCUUGACCAGCAGGGCCUUCUUUACUCUGCCAGCUUUGCAUCAGAAAAUUCCACUUAGAGAGCACUCAAGGUUGAGCAACUGACCUAGAGGCAUUGCUGGUAAAGGUGAUGGAAUACAUGGGGCUUGCCUGUGGUUCUUUCCAUCAACUCUUCUACACCUGCUAGCGCACGUGCUGCUGUGCAGGGAAGGGGUAUAUCAGGUCAUUUUUGUUGUCUCCAUGUCUGUUACCACCCCGACCUCCCCUUCUGAUUAUCCUAUCUCUUGUUCUUUGUAGCUGCUUGUCUAGGCUGUUCUAUGAACGUUCUGGUAGUUCAAUUAUGGAACCUUUUCUCCCUUCUGUACUGUGUUGGGCUAUUUGACCUUGGAACAAUCUAGUGCUGGAGGGAUUGAGGUCUAAGUGCCUCCUCUGCUUCAGCUGCUAACUGGCCUGCAAGCUGGGUAUAUAGUCAUAUCCCGGCUUCAGUUCCCAGGCUGGAAUCCCAGGUGUCCUGUGAAUUUUCUUCCUGAAGCUGCUGUAACUAAGUGCCAAAAACUGGUUGGACUAAAACUAGAGAUUAUUGUCUCCCGGGUCUGUUUCAUGGUUUAAUCAAGGUGCUUGCUGCUACAGCCACUGCAAGUGCUGGGGAAGGAUGCUGCAAAUCUCUGCAUCUGACAGCAUUCUGGGCUCAUUUAUGCGUUGUUUCAGACUUCAGAGGGCACACUCUAAGUCCUCUGCAUGUUUCCAAGUUUUCCUUUACACGAAGACUAAUAUUGCAUCAGAGCUUACCCAGAGCAUCAUUUUGCCUCUAUAAAGACCGCAUUUCCAAUGGUCAUGAAUUACUGGGGUUAAUUUCAACAACAUACAUUUUUGGAACAUAGUUGGAUCCACAAGGUGUUAAAACCUCGUUUCCCCAAACCUGUUACAAUACAGGAAUUUUCUUGAGGGUUUCUGCAUCUUCUUGAGAUCAGGUUUUUCUUCCUCUUUCCCUAAGCCCUUGCUUCUUGCUCCCCACCCCUAGUGAGACUAUCGGUUUCCUGCGGUCCUCCGGUUGGUAGGGGGCGCAGCAGCUCCGCUGUCUCUCCGGACCGGAAAUCUCUUCCCUGGGUCUGAUGUGACUGAGGAAAGUGGAGAGGCUGUGUCGCGCACGCAUCUUCUGUUCUGACUCGAUGGCGGGCAGCGAUUCGGGGACGCUGCAGACUCUGCAGGCAGUGGACACUGAGUUUACUGCGGACUCGGUAGAGUGGUGCCCAGUAGAGGGUUGCCAGCACCUAAUGGCCUGUGGAACCUACCAGCUGCGAACGCCGGAGGACCAGCCUGCACUGGAUGUCAGUGAGCCUCAAGUUCGUUUAGGUCGUCUCUACCUGUAUAGUUUCAAUGAGGACAACACGGCUAAACCUCUGGUUGAGGUCCAAAGAAGGGAUUCUUCUGCCAUCCUGGACAUGAAAUGGUGCCAUAUCCCAGUGUCUGGCCACAUACUUUUAGGCUUGGCGAAUGCCAGUGGAUCUGUAGAGCUGCUCCACCUGAUGGAGUAUGAGAAGAACAGUUACACCCUGCAAUCAGUUUCCAGCCUUACCCUGGAGGAGAGAUGUCUGUCCUUGUCCCUGGAUUGGUCAACUGGGAAACCUGGAAGGGUCAGAGACCAGCCCUUGAAGAUCAUUAGCAGUGAUUCUAAGGGGCAGCUGCAUCUCCUGCUGGUGAACGAGGGAGUGGCUGGACUGCAGCUAGUGGCUUCAUGGCCAGCCCAUCACUUUGAGGCCUGGAUUGCUGCUUUCAAUUACUGGCAGACAGAACUCGUGUAUUCGGGGGGAGAUGACUGCCUUCUGAAAGGCUGGGACACUAGGAUGCUUGGCACACCUGUCUUCACUAGCAAAAGACACUCCAUGGGUGUGUGCAGCAUCCAGAGCAACCCCCAUCAGGAACAUAUACUGGCUACUGGAAGCUAUGAUGAGCAUGUUCUGCUGUGGGACACUCGGAACCUAAAGCAGCCAUUGGCAGCCGUGCCGGUGGGAGGAGGCGUGUGGAGGCUCAAGUGGCACCCAGUCCACCACCACCUACUCCUGGCGGCCUGCAUGCACAACGGCUUCAAGGUUCUCAACUGCCAGAAGGCCACUGAGGAGAAGCAGGACGUGACUGUCUUAAUAUCCCAUGAAAUGCCGAACUCAUUAGUGUAUGGGGCUGACUGGUCCUGGCUUCCUUUCCGUUCCAUGAAGCCUACACCCACCUGGUCCUUCGAUCAAAAUGACGUGGGAAUGAGGUCAGUAGACUGCCACAGCCCGAAGGUUGCAGAGGAGCCACCAGCACCUUUCCAUGAACAAAUAGUGGACCACCAUGUGGAAGGCCCUGCUAAAGCUCACAGCAGAGUUGAAUCGAAGGCCUCUCUCCUUCCAUUAACAGAGGACAUGAAGAGCAGCAGCCAACCGCGCUCCUCUUCCAAGAUCUGUGAUCUCAGCCUCUUUAGUGGAGGGAAUUUUGACGAUAGCCUCCUGGCCACCUGCUCCUUUUACGACCAUGUUCUCCACCUCUGGAAGUGGGAGACAAAGAAAGCUUGAGGCUGCAUUCUUCACAUCUUUACUGGAUGUGACUUGGGGAGUGCUGGCCUUUGAGAAUGGACUUUCUGAUUCUGUUUUGGCAGUGAAUGGGUUUUCCAGCUCUACAACUGAGUGUCUUGGGUAUAUUUUGACUUUCAGCCCUUUAUUUGCAUUUAAGUCCUUAUUUGUAUUUAUUAAAUAACUUCAAAU